AUGUCGAAGCUAUUCUUGGACAUAAUGACCUUUUCCGUAGCAGCUGGAGCCGCACUGAUUUACAUCCACACGCUUGAGGCGAAAGAAGCCAGACGCGAGGCGACGGAAGCCGAACGCAAGGAAAAUGAAGACUGGAUGCUCGAAACACUGGACAGAAAAUUUUCCCUAAUCCUAGAAGAAAAGCUAAAGUAUAAAUAGUUCUGCUAUAAUAAAACAUAAUGACCGACACGAAGAAGGAAGUGAUCAACGAACUGUACGAUGCGGCAUUACUGACAACCGGAGUCGUUGGGGUACCCUACCUUGCUAAAACGGUUGCCGGGAAAAGCCUCGGUGUACCGACGACCCUAGAAGGAGCGGCAAAGCUUGCCGUUGCCGUAGCCGGAAGCGCAUUUGCCAUAGCAUACCUUAAGGAUAAGGGAUACAUCCCAAAAAUGAUUGACAAAUAAAGGAUGACAACUAUCGUAGUCGGAGGACUUUUAAUGCUGUGGCCUUUGCCGGGGCCGGCUUCCUAUUCUCCAGGUUGAAUGGACAAGGCUACAAGGAAGCGGUAAAAAGACAUAACCAAGCCUUAGAGAAGCUUGCAAAAGCCAAAGAGAGGUUUUACGAAUCCGAAGUGAAGCGGAGGAACGACGAGGCAAGACGGAGAGCCAAGAUCUUGGAUGCUAACAAGGAUAUCGAGGAAACAAACAGGGCACUGGAAGACCUUAGGGAUUAUACGAGGCUUAUGGAUAGUACGGCAUCCCAACGAAGGCCGAAGUUGGAGGACUAUUAUCAACAAUCGGACGAAAUAAAAAGAUAUGCAAUGUUGACAGUGGGUGAACUUGGGGUUGGGGGUGCCUAUGGAUUAACACGAAUAUUUUAA